AUGGAGGUCCCUACGGCGACGUCAUUGCACGACAUCUACCCCGAGGAUGCGGUUCCAGUACAGGCGAAGCGAUGGGAACGGAUACUGGCUAAGUUCAAGGAGACAUACGGAAGACCUGCAGGGUUUGUAGCACGAAGCCCGGGACGGGUCAAUAUCAUCGGCGAGCACAUCGACUACUCUCUAUACGAAGUGUUACCCAUGGCUAUCACCGCUGACUUUGUCAUGGCCGUAGCCGUUCGGCCGUCUGAAGAAAAGCACAGAGUGCGCAUUGCAAACGUUCAAUCCGAAAAGUUCCCCUCCCGCGAAUUUGAAAUACCGUCCGAGGGCACCAUUGACAUAGAUGCUUCUGAGCAUGAAUGGACCAAUUAUUUCAGGUCUGGUCUCAAAGGUGUCACAGAAAUGCUUUGCAAGAAGCAAGGGAAGCAAUUUGUCUCCGUUGGAAUGGACGUCAUGUGCGAUGGUACAGUGCCGAGCGGUGGUGGACUGUCAAGCUCAGCAUCGUUCACAUGCACAACCGCACUGGCUGUGCUGACAGCGAAUGGAGAGACAAAGGUGGAUAAGAAGGAGCUUUGUGAAUUGGCCAUUGUCUCGGAGAGAGAAGUCGGUGUCAACUCUGGAGGCAUGGACCAAGCAGCAUCUGUCUUUUCGCUCCGUGGCUCCGCGCUAUACGUCUCUUUCAAGCCGUCCCUCAACUACACGACUCUCGAAUUCCCACACACAGACCCCGAACUCACGUUUGUCACCGCCCAGAGCUUCGUGGCUGCCGACAAGCAUGUCACCGCACCCGUAUGCUACAACCUGCGCGUAGUAGAAUGUACCCUCGCCGCGGUUUUCCUGGCAAAAGUAUUCGGGCUCAAGCAAGAACUACCUCAAGACUCCUCUCCGCUUGGCGUCAGCCUGCGCGGCUUCCACGACACAUACUUUGAAGAGAAGCAAGGCGUAUCAGACAACACCAAGACCUCUGUCGCGGACUUCGAAGACCAACUCAACAAGCUCGUCCAAUUGGCAGGCGACUACUUGCCGCAAGAAGAGGGCUACACACGAAGUGACAUCUGCGCGCUGCUUGGUGUAUCAGAAGACGAGCUCAACCAGCGCUACAUGUCAAAGUUCCCUGUUCGGGCGGACAGGUUCAAGCUGCGACAGCGUGCGCUCCACGUGUUCACCGAAGCACUCCGCGUCAUCAAGUUCAGACAGCUACUGUCCGCGCCACCUCCGGAUGGUAAAGAGUUCAUAAAAGGAUUGGGUGACCUUAUGAACGAGACACAAACCUCAUGCCGCGACAUCUACGACUGUAGCUGUCCCGAGCUAGAUGAGCUGUGCAAUCUCGCGCGCAGUGCCGGCGCUGCUGGUAGCAGGCUGACCGGUGCUGGUUGGGGAGGAUGUAGCGUGCAUUUGGUCCCCAAGGACAAGGUCGAGGCUGUUAAGCAAGCGUGGGAGGAGAAGUACUACAAGAAGAAGUUCCCAGACAUCACGAACGAGAAGCUAGAGGAGGCCGUUGUUGUUAGUAAGCCGGGUAGUGGUAGUAUGGUGCUGAAGAUUGUUGGAGAGAGCAUUGUUUGA